AUGAUUAAAGCAAUUCUUGUUUUCAACAACCAUGGUAAGCCACGACUCACCAAGUUCUAUCAGUAUUAUCAAGAAGAUAUGCAGCAACAAAUCAUCAGAGAAACAUUCCAUUUAGUGUCAAAAAGAGAUGACAAUGUAUGCAAUUUUCUUGAGGGGGGAACAUUAAUUGGCGGGUCAGACUACAAAUUGAUAUACAGACAUUAUGCCACAUUAUAUUUUGUUUUUUGUGUUGACUCUUCAGAAAGUGAGCUCGGAAUAUUAGACUUGAUACAGGUUUUUGUUGAAACUCUGGACAAAUGUUUUGAGAAUGUCUGUGAAUUGGACUUAAUCUUCCAUGUUGACAAAGUGCAUUGCAUACUGUCGGAGUUGUGCAUUGGGGGAAUGGUUCUUGAAACGAACAUGACUGAAAUAUUAACCCGCAUUGAAGAACAAAAUAAAAUAGAAAAAUUAGAGGCUGGCCUCACAUCAGCACCUGCGCGAGCCGUAUCUGCAGUGAAGGAAAUGAACAUUCCUCAAAGAAUCAAGGACAUCAAAUUACCAGAGUUGCCGUCAAUAAGCAAUUUAAAAUUCUAA